AUGCACUACAACGAACGCCUCAUCAGCGAAGAGAUACGGGCCAUCGCUCGCAAAAACAGCCGUGAGGCACUGGAGGCUUUCCUCCAGCAACAACGCGAAGCAGCCGGAGAGUUAGAAUACACCCCGCCUCUCGAGGAUCUGCUCCUGGCCGCCACAGACUGUCGCGCCAACCAGGUCGCAGCCUACUGCCUGGAACACGGCCAGAAGGCCACGCGAGAAAUGAUGACGUCGGUUGUUGUCCACAACUCCUUCGCCGUGUACCGCUUGAUGGUUAAGCACAAGGUGGUUCGCAUCAACUUUGUUGUCCCCUGGUACGGCGAUAUUCUCGGAACAAUGGCCUCCGACAAUAAGAUCGACUGGGUGCGAUUCUGCCUGGAGCACGGGGCCAAUCCGAACGCCAGCCUUGUCGAGGAGCAUCUGAGCGCGUUGGCGUGUGCGGUUCACACUGGCAACGUCGAACUGGUGGAUUUGCUGCUCGCGCAUGGGGCAAGGCUGAAGGGGAGUAAUGCAAUUGUAAGGGCGGCGAUUGAUGAGGACCUGGAGAUGGUCAAGUAUCUUCUGUUAAGGGGGGCUGAUAUUGACGAGGUUGGGAUCAAGGGCCCGCCAGGCGCUGAGGCUUAUGGUGAUAUGGGGAGUCCCCUUCAUCAGGCUGCGGUAGAGGGAUACAUGGAGAUGGCGCUUUUCUUGAUUGAGGCUGGGGCUGAUAUCUAUCUUAAGGAUCCGCUUGGACGCACUGCGGAAGACCUUGCGCUGGAAAAGGGACAUAUGGAAAUCCUUGAUGCUCUGCGCCAAAAGAAGAUGAAGGAUAAUGUGGACAUUAAGGAAUGA